AUGGCUGGCUCUCGUUCUGGCAGCGACAGCUCCUCCAGCAGUGACGACGAGAGUGUCGUCGGCUCCGGCGGCGCGCCUCUCUACGCCUGGUCUCCGGAGAGACGCGCCUCGCGCGCAGAAAACAAGGAUUUUCCUUCCCACGCCCAGCCCACUGUCCCGCGACUAGAGGAUUCCAUUGGUAAGAACCUCACGGUCGAGUCGGCUGUCGACACUGAGCGAGACCCCAGAACGCCGUCGGACCAGGCGAUUGAGACCCCAGCGCCGAUCAAGCCGCGUCGGUCAUUCUCCAAGUCGACUUUGCGGGCUGCGGCCAAAGCAUUCGCGCACCCGACUGCCACCUCGGCCGAUGGUGUCGCACCCUCUCUCAGCUUGUCCGCCUAUCCGGGCCCCGCCAUUUCUUCGCAGCGUCAAGGCAGCCUUCCCAUGCUUGCUCCUUCUUCUACAUCGGCUUCUUCCCAGCCGCAUAGUCGCUCUCUCAUCCCGGGCUCUACUACCCAUUCGUUCAUCAGCGCUAUGCAGGUCAUGAGCCUCAACGCGGAAGAGGAUAAUCUCCAUCCCUUCCAAAAGACUCAUCGCGACCAGAUUUGCAAACUGCAGGCGCGCGUCUGGGGCCUUCGCCAGGGCAUGCAUGCCCAGAAUGCGAUUCCGCCCGAGUUCCUCAAGUCAUUCGACUAUGACGUGCAAGAGCUCAUAAGUAACACGGUCAAGAUGAAUCAGGCCGUCGACCGCCUAACUGCCGAGCUCAAGAAGGCGCUUACUGAGCAGGAACGCGUCCGCACCCUCGAGUCUACCAUCCGCAACCUCGAGGCCGAUCUUAGAGAUUGGAAGUCACGCUCGCAGAACGCCGAGAAAACCCUGUCCUCCAUUGCCGGGCGCAGCGACGAGGACGUGAGGACUAUUCAAUUUCUCAAGGAGCAACUGCGCCAGAAUGAGAUGACUCGGACGAUUCUCCAGGAACAAGUCAACGGCAAACGGAAUCUGUGGCUCAACGUCCACAGCGAGCCUCAGGACCGAGCUGCUGCUCUAGAUACACUCGCCCGUUCUUCGACCCCGCUCAGCGGUCAAACCUUUGCUUUGCCCCCGACCGAGCAAUCUUAUGCCUCGAGUAUCAGGGCGCCCCCUCCUAGUCUCCACUCGAGCAGCUCUCAUAUUGCCAAUGCCCACCCCAGCAUGGACCGCUCGGGCAGCGGUGCCCUUGGUAAUAUCAACGCCAGCGGGUUCUACUACAGCGGCGUCCCUCAGAGCCAUGGUGGCCCCUUCGUCGGAUAUUCUCCCUUCCAGCCUAUCCCCCAAUCGCACUCCGGGCCUGUUGUCUACCACGGCGGCCACGCUCUUCACCAGCGCCGCCCGUCCAACACCACGGCCACCAGCGGCCGUUCGGGCGUCGGCUACGCCGCGGUCAGCCGCCAAUCAAGCGUCCCCCCCAUCCGCCCGGCAUCCGGCCCUAGACGGAACCCGAGGGCGCCCACUACCAUGAUCACCGAGACGGGCAGUCCCAAGGAGCGGAAGCGGGCCACGCCGGGCUCGCUCGUCAGGGCGGACCUCGAAGGCUCCGACUUGCUCCUGUCCUGGGCCGACGAGUUCCAGUCGCUCUUCGCGCUGAUCUACGGCUUCUGCGCGUCCUACUUUGAUGAUCUGCCGCCCAUGAAUGAGGAGUGGAAGCGGCAGCUCCAAUCCGAGGCCAACGGCCAGCUCUGGGACUACAUCUGCAAGAUCUGCUACGUCAACCAUGAGCAGACACGUGGCGAGAACGCCAUGCGCCUGCUCAACAACCGCGACUCCCGUCCCUACCUCAUGCAGCGCCUCAUCCUGCAGCACGUCAUGGUCUUCAUCUGCAGUUCCGAGGGCUGGAAGGACUACUCAGAGGAUGUUGACGAGGAGAUGGAGAAGCUGGAGAUGCGUCUGAAGAAGAUGGAUCCCUCCAAAGCCUACGACCGCCAAACCCUAAUCGACCGCCGUGCCCAACUCAUCAGCGAAAUGACCUCCGGCAGCAACGCGGCCGCCUUCAAAAACUUCAAGCUGACGCAGCACCACCAAUACCUCAAGACCAUGAUCGGGCCCUUCCUCACCCGGCUGCGCAAGACCGCCCCCGCACCGCCCCCCACCUCCCACGACGGCACCUCCGACGGCCUCCCGCCGGCCCCGGUGCCCCCGACGCAAACCAACAUCGCCAACGAGGCCUUCUACGACCUCUUCGGCAUCACCACCAGCGCCUGGGAGCUGUCGACCAAGCUCUUCCAGUCGCGAUUGACGUUCCAGUACGUGUGGAACGACGCGGGCACCCGCUUCGCGGCCGAGACCCACGAGCCGCUGGACUAUGUCCCCAUCGGCGGGGCUGCUGCUGGUGGUGGUGGUGGUGGUGGUGCCGGCGGGGUGAGCGUGGGCGUGGCCCUGCAGAACGAGCACGCCCGCGUGCGCUUCUGCGCCACGCCCGCGGUCACGGUCAGGAAUGACCAGGGGAUGACCAUCGGGAUCAGGAAUAUCCUGAAGGCGGGCGUCUUGGUGAUGCGCUACUAG